GUAAAGAUAGAUCUCAAUUCUCUGACUUGAUCAGGCUCGACGUUGCUGGUCGCUGGAUGUGAAAAAUGGCGCAUAUUAUAAGAUCGAAAUUUAUGCUCUUGUCAUUGAAAUAUGCUAAUCGUGUCGCGCCGCGUAUAUUCGCGCCCUUAAAAUAUCAACAAUUAUGUUUCCACACCAGUGGGAUUCUCGACGUGAAGGGAAAAGAACUACUAAUGCCUUCUUUAUCACCUACUAUGGAAUCUGGUACUAUAGUGAAAUGGUUUAAAAAAGAAGGCGAUGCUAUUAAUCCUGGUGAUGCUAUUGCGGAUAUUCAGACUGACAAAGCUAUUGUCACAAUGGAAGUUGACGACGAAGGUGUAUUAGCUAAAAUAAUUAUACCUGAAGGAACAAAGAAUAUCAAGGUAGGAACUCUGAUAGCUCUCACUGUUGAAGCUGACGAAGAUUGGAAAACAGUGGAAAUACCAGACAAGUCGGUGGAAACCCCUCCAGCAGCAGCAGCAGCUCCUGUUGGAACCCCAGCUAUUGGAAAAGUUGAACCACCACCACCUGGCCAGCAAAACAUUCCUAUGCCUGCCCUUUCACCGACUAUGACAACAGGUACAAUCGUGAAAUGGCUGAAGAAAGAAGGUGACGAAAUACAACCAGGCGAUGCAUUAGCAGAUAUACAGACAGAUAAAGCCAUCAUGACUUUUGAAUUAGAGGAAGAAGGAGUACUUGCGAAAAUUCUUGUUCCAGAAGGAUCUGAAGUAAAAAUAGGACAAUUGAUAGCUGUUACAGUUGAGAAAGGAAUGGAUUGGAAACAGGCUGUAAUCCCAACAUCGACUGUAGCAGAUACACCUGUGACACCAAGUUCCGCUCAACCAACUGCAGCAGUAGAUGCAAAAUCAUCAAGUGGGCAAGUGUAUGGUUUAGCGGUGAAAAGAUUGCUGGAGGAAUAUGGUCUGAAUUCAGAUUCAAUCAAAGGUACUGGACGUACAAAUCGUAUAUUGAAAAGCGACAUUCUUGCAUACAUUCAGGCACACAAUGUUAAAAGAGUUCCACCUAAAUCCGCAUCGACUCCAACAAAGACUGAUCAAGCACAUCCUCCUAGUCUAACAACAACGUCUGUCCCACCUGGUCAACCAUCUCCAUACAAAGAUAUCGAAAUAUCCAAUAUUCGUGCAGUUAUCGCUAAACGUAUUGGCGAAUCAAAAAGAAAUAUACCACAUUCUUAUGCAAAUAUAGACAUAACUAUCGACAAGUUGAUCGAGCUUCGUGGAAAACUAAAGACGGAGGACAUAAAUGUAUCAGUUAAUGACUUUGUUACUAAGGCUGUCGCUCAUGCGCUUCUUGAGUGUCCUGAUAUAAAUACGAUAUAUGAAAAUGGACAAGUUGUUCGAGUUCCAAAGGUGGACGUAUGUGUAGCGGUCGCAAUACCAGGUGGUCUUAUUACACCAAUAGUAUUCGAUACGGCUACUAAAAGCUUAGAAGAUAUCUCUAAAAAUAUUCGAGAAUUAGCCAUAAAAGCAAAAAACGGACAGCUCAAACCACACGAAUUUCAAGGAGGAACAUUCUCGAUUUCGAAUUUGGGAAUGUUUGGUAUCAAGGAAUUUUCAGCCGUUAUUAAUCCUCCACAAACCGCUAUUCUUGCUGUAGGCUCGGGACGCGAAGAGCUGGACUCUUCGUUAGCAAAGGUAACGAAAAUGACAGUGAAACUAUCUUAUGAUAGAAGAGCCAUCGAUGAGGAUCAAGCAGCUAAUUUUCUGGCUAUUGUGAAAGCAAUGUUGGAAGAUCCAGCUUUUCUAGUGGCUGGUAAGACACAGGCAUCGAGGUAUAAACGUGAAGCGUACUAAUUGUUUUUAAUAUAAUAAUUGAAAGUGUUUAUUGCAAAAACAGCUUGUUUUCUUGCUUGGAUCGAAAGAAUGAAAUAUUGUUUUUAUGUAACAAUGUCAUUGCACUUUUUAAAAAAUGGAGAUUUGAAUAAAAAGGUGAAGCUCAAUAUUAAUUUAUACGAUUGCAUAAUGUAUAUAGUUGUUGGCUGUUUUUGAAAUAAAAGAACUAGUGAACAUCAGUUAUAUUUUUCGCACAAUGCUAAAUAUAAAAAGCUCGAUUUAUAUGUAAACAUAUUGCAAAUAAUAUUAUUUAUUGUUAUCAAACUUUGUGUGACCUAAAGGUAUAAUUUAUACAUUUAUACUGCCAAAAACAAAUAAUUAGAACAGUCAAUAUUUUAUGAAUAUAUUCUCACAUU